UUUUUUGCCGAAUGACAUUUAUGUAUGAGAAAGGAAGUUUCAUUUCUGUAUAUUGGCCGUCAUGAUUAAAGUGAUAAAAAGAAUAUAGUGACAAUAUAACCGGCAUUACAAAGUCUGUGUUACGUGGUGGUUUAUCCAUCAUCAUCAAAGUUUAGGGAAAAAUGGCCGAAACAGAAGAGUUGGGUCUUACUACAGAAGACCAGUUAGAAGCUUUGGAUUCUCUAGAAAAUGGUCAGGAAGUUGAAGCUGCAGAGGGAGGGGAAGGAGAUGCGGCUGUUGUUGGCUCAAAUGCAGUCGAUGAUCCUGAGUUGGAGGCAAUAAAAGCAAGAGUUCGUGAAAUGGAGGAAGAGGCAGAGAAAUUAAAGCAGUUACAAUCCGAAGUUGAUAAACAGAUGAACCUUGGCAGUCCGCCGGGAAUAACUAGUCCAUUGAAUAUGUCUACGGAAGAAAAAAUGGAAGUUGAUAAUCGAUCCAUUUAUGUUGGCAAUGUUGACUAUGGUGCGACUGCAGAAGAAUUGGAGCAACAUUUCCAUGGAUGUGGUUCAAUUAAUCGAGUAACAAUUCUCUGUAACAAAUUUGAUGGUCAUCCGAAAGGAUUUGCUUACAUAGAAUUUGCAGAAAGAGAUUCUGUGCAAACUGCUAUGGCAAUGGAUGAAUCACUUUUCAGAGGGCGACAAAUAAAGGUUAUGCCAAAACGUACAAACCGUCCUGGAAUGAGCAUGACUAAUCGACCACCACGAGGAAGGGGCUAUCGUGGAGGAAGAGGUAGGGGUUCAUCGUAUUAUGGAUAUAGACCAACAAGAAGGCCAAGUUAUGGUGGUGCGUGGUGACCUGCUGACAGCACACGGAUUUUAGACAUAAAUAAUGUUCAAGAUGAAGUGCAUCGUGAGAGUAUAGAAUUAAUAGUGAAACCUGUUUGGCUUAACAUUGUGUAAUUCUGUGCUCAUACUGACAUUUUAAACAGACUAUCAUAAUCAUGUUUUUGGAAGAUAGCUGUUAUAUUAGAGUGAUAUGCAUGUAACAGUAAACAUAUCAGAAUCUUGUUAUCUGAUGUAUUAAUCCAGAGGAGUAUUUUGUAUGUCUUUUUGGAUGUGUUUUAAGAGAGAUGAAAAACAGCCUUUCUUUGCCAUGAAGAUGGGAUGUUGUGCGAUGUAGUUGGGUAGAAAUUGACUGACAUUUCAGAGGUGCUUGGCCUAACAGAAGCCUAACAAUGAUAAAUGUUUUCAAUAUGUAAUGACAAAAACAUACAUUUUGAAAUAUUAGUCCCACCUCAAUUAUUCAUUUGAAACACAGUGCAGUUUUAAAAGGACAUUUUAAGGCAUUCCAUACAUUGGCAAUUUAAAUGAGAAUUUUUUAGCUCUGGUGUUUUGUGUGGUUCUUGCCUUUGUAAUUUGUCACCUUGUAUGAUGAAAAAUAGUUACGUGGUAUCAAACAACUCAUUUGAUUUAUGUUGUCAGUAUUUGGUAGUAUCUAAUGUUAUGAGCAACUGUUCAGUUUAAUUAAGAAUGUUAGAACAAGAGCUAAGAUAAGUUAUGCUGAUGUCCAUGUUGAGGAAUACAUGAAAAUUCCAGCAAUGUACAUUAAACCAAAUGUUGAAAAAUUAUUGCAGCAAAUGCAAAGCAGUUUCAUGUAUCUCAAUAAUGACCGAUUUUGAUAAAGAAAGUUAUUGAGCAUUAUGUGUUUAUCUAGUAGUACUAUUAAUUUAGUAGCUUUUUUAAUAAAUUGCAGUGCUGUUUAGUAACUUGUCUUUAUUUAUAACUGUGCAGUUUACAUACAAGUCAUUAAAAAGGGAUGAAUGUUCUCCUGGGUCUGGUAAAGGUUGAUAACCCCUGGUUUAAAGGUGAUCUAGCUACACUGCCUGCAGUGAAUUGUAGUUUGUGACUGGUUUUUCAGCACUAAAUCAUGAUAGAUGAUACCUAUCAAUUGUAUGUAUUUCAUAUACAUAUUCUGUGUAGUGUUAACAGUGCAGUAUAUUGAUUUAUUGUAAUUAGUGUUUAUGCUAAUACAGAUACAGUGGCUGUUUAUGUUUGGGUGCCCUAAAUUGGUGGUUGUAUUUUUUGAAAUUUGGGUGUGUAGUAGUUUCUGCUGAGUGUGAUUGCAGUGGCAUCCAUGUCUUUGCUUGGGUCCAGUAGGAUGGCCCUGUGGGUAGGAGUAUUCUAUUCCACCAGGAAAUAUUGCAGAAAUCAUUCAUUGUUAGCUUUAAACUUUUAUGCAUGUUCUUUCUUGGUUUCUUCUCCAAUUUAUAUUGAUGUUUAGACUCUAUAACUUUGUCACUAUAUUAAAAUAAAAAGAGUGUGUUGCAUUGACAGAAACAAAUAUUAUUACUAAGUAGAAAACUGCCAGAAAAUAGGAUACUGAAGUACAAAUUUGUUACUGUGCUCUUUAGGUAUACACAGAUAUAUAUUUUCUAUGCACAGGUGGAUUAGCUCAAGGCUCUUGCACUGAAUCCUCAUCAUGUGCCUUAUGUAGAUGGUGAGAAAAAAUUGUUUCAUAUAUCUCUGUAGAAUGAAAUAUUUUUAUAAAUGGGCACAACAGAAUGAAAAUAAUUGCAAAUAGUGUUUGUAUGUCUUUGCGCCAUAAAUAGUAUUUCCUUCAAUGGAAGACGAUACUGACAAGGAAUACUGACACUUGGUCUCAGCUAUAAUUUGAAAUGUUUAAUUAGUUGUGAGUAUGCUUGUAUAUUUUUAGUGUGUGUACAUGUAUUGCUGUUUACAGAUAUUUAAAGUAUUUAAUUUUGGAAGUAUGUUUGGUAUCAGGUAUGUUUGCAGGUUUAAACAAGCGGUAGUGUGAAUAAGAACAUUUCAUGCUGUCAGUUUGACAAAAUUCAUGUCUGAAUGCUUUUCUAUAGGCAUAAUAAUUCCUGUAGACUUUUGACAAAUGUUAAACAUAUCAAUGUAAUUUUAAUUUUGAAUCCAAAAUCACAUGAAGAUUUUAAAAGUUAUCACUUGAAACAAGGUCAAUCAGUAAAUAUUUAGCCCUUAAAAAUGUUCCUAAGAUGGUAUGGAGAACAAAAAUUAAUUUUUCAUUGUAUGUAUACUCUCCGAUGGGUUAUUCAACAUGCUUUGUUAAAUUACUAAAAAAAACUCCAUGAAGUAGAGUUUUUCUUAGCUGAUAAUCACCAGCUAGUCAAGAAACUCGUCACCUUUUCUGUAAUAUGCAGGUCCAAUGCCAUGUCUACAAGAGCCCACUACUGUGUCAAAUGAAUCCAGUUUGCACCCUCUUGCCAACUUUCUGUAAGAUCCAACUUAAUAUUGACUCCUGAUCUGUGCCUCCAUAUUUCACACCAAACUCAUCCCCCCUCGAUUUGAUCAUCUUAAUAAUAUUUGGUAAAGAGCACAUACAGUGAAUCUCCUCGUCAUUGCAAUGUUCUCUGGCCUGUCAUUUUUCUGUAUUGUCAAAUACAGCCAAGGUUAUGUAGCUUAGUGGGGAUGAUAUAAUGACUAAGGAAAAAUUUGUAUAAAAUGCCAGAGGAAUAGGAGAAAUGAGAAAACCUGUCCCAGCACCACAUUGCCACCGCAACAUAACAGAACACAUAUGUCAUGAAUAGUUGUGUUGCAGUAGCCGAUAGUCAGCUCACCUUUAGACCAUUGUAUUUUGUUGGACAGUAAUGACAAGCACAACAUAUUCUGUGGGAAAUUUUUCUUUUCACUUUGUCGAUUUUCUAAAUUAUAAAAUCAUGGAAUUGUAGUUACAAAUCAAGAAAUUUGUUGACUUUGUCCACAACUCGACAGUUUUAAGCUAUGGUUGAAAAAUGGUUCCUAUGUUUGCUUCAUUAAAUAUGGCAUAGGCUUAUAAAUUGCAUUCACUGUAAGGAAUUUUCUGAUCACUUGGCUUAAAUCUCAUUUUCUUUGAAUGACUAAGCAUCUGGCAACAAUACAUUUAAUAUUUAUGCAUUCUUUUCAUAAGGUGUAUAGUGAGAAUACGUUAUGGGCUGGUUGUGUCUGUCAAUCCAUUCAUAAUGGUUGCUGUGGUAAUUGAAGUUUUUAUUGAUGUAUAUGGGAAUUGUGGUGUAUGUUAUGAUUGGUUUUGAACAGGUUAAGACAUGUUAGUGUCAGUUAGGUUAUGUUUGUUUAGUUUUUGUUAAGGAAGUUAUGGUUAGGUGUUUAAAAAUGAAUUUUGAAUGUGGGAAUUAUAAAAUUUGUAAUUCUGGAUUAUUGAAAUAUUAACAAAAUUUUGAAAUUGUGGGUAUUAAUAAAUGUUGAAAAGUAGGUUAUUUUGAAAUUUUCAAAAUUUGUUUUGUGGGACAAGGCAGAUGUAAUACCUAUAAAUGCACAUUGCAAAGAAUGCAUGCACAUAAUUCAUGUAUUCCAAUAUGAAAACACUUUUCAAGCUUGUUAGUAUUCCAGGCAAAACAUUUGAAUUGCACAUUUUGUUUUGGAAUGGUAACGUAACAGAGACGUCACACUAGAAUUCUGUCAUAGUGCCAGAUGUUGAAUGGAAACAUUUCUCUGAAUUGGUCUCUUCUCUAAACUAUUUGCCUGUCAUUUCGCAGGGGUUAUCGUGGAAGAUCGUCAUACUACAUGCCAUACUGAGCCUAUCACCGUGACCUUGGGUGAGCUUUCGAGAACUUUCACUGCAGAUUUCCUCACAUGGCAUAAAUUCACGAAUUCGUGAUGGAAACCUGUGUUCACUGUAUGUAUUUCUUUAUGUUUAUAUCCUCAUCCCUUAUCCCUCAAGGAACAAACUUUGAUAUAUAUAUUAUAACUAGCAUUAAGAGAAUGCAUGUGUGAGUGGAAGUUGGAGUGCAAGCAUUUUGCAUUCAGGAACAAGUUCUUUUUUUCCCCAAUGAUAAAAAAGCUAUUGCUUUUAUUAAUUUUGCUCCUUAUGUGGGUGUACGUGAAGUAUGGCAUGUUUGUAUUGUUAUACACUUUGACACUAGUGGGAUUCUAAAACUAUGGCAACAUUUGCAUUUUAUUUGUGGAAUUACAUUAGAAAGUGUGCAUCAAUGAGACCGCAAUGAAAUAACAAAAAUUAUUGUGUAGGAAAUUAUAUAAUUAUACUAUCUUGUGCUUUGGUGUAGUUUGGGAGAAUAAUUCUCUGUUGUCCAGAAGACAAUCAUAUUGCUUCUUUCCACAUGGAUAUGUUUUAAGGGCCAGCUGUGACAAACAAGAAAGUGCUAAAUGAGGGGACUGUAUUGCGGUAUGCUGGAAUUACAUUUGAUGUGAAUCAAACCACUUUAAUCAGCACUGAUGUUUUGUGAAGGGCUAUUGAAGUAUCAUAGGAGAGUAUGGAUCUGAAAAAUAUUCUGUGUUUUAAUCACUUUUUUGUGAUCUGUACUUAUGGGAAAUACACAUUGUGUAUGUGGUGUAUUAAUGUGGCAUUAUCCUGGGUAAUUUGUCAUUUGAUUUUAAUUAAUUUGACUGACUACCUAAAUUUAAUGUACUCCUGUUCAUUGGUUUGGUUUUGUGGGACUGGUUUGAUACUGAAUGUAAUAGGUUCUUGUUCAUAUAGCAGUCAUUUGCAGUAUUGUGGAACAUUCCUCAGUAUACAUGUAUCAGUAAGCUCUUUUAGCUUUCACUUGUUUGUCAUUGUUCAUGAUGAAAAUAUGGUAAUAUUUGCAAAUAUAAAUGUAACAGGUUUAUUGUUUGAAAUACUGGUCUAUAAAAUGCAAAACAUGGCAUAAAUUCUGAAGUAUGUUGAAGCAAUCAUUUUCACUGCAGGACAUAUAUAUGACUUGGAUUCUGUCUUGGUUGUAGAGGUGUAAUCAGUAAAAGAAAAAAUGUCUUUCUUAAGUAAAGAAUUUAGAUACAAUUUCAGUCUCUCAAAUACUAAUGAAAUGUACAGUUGAGAUCAUUAUUGUGGGAGCCUAUAUGUUUAAUAAUAAUCCAUUAUUAUUUGCUACCUAUGUUUUUAUUUUACAUUGACAUUAUUAACAUUUCAUUAUUCAAGUAACAGGUGUGUGUACUGUUUAGAAAUUGUAGGUGUCUGCAAUAAUCUUAUGCAUUUGUAUGUUUCUGUUAGUGUUUGUGGAUACAGUUUUUUGCUUAAGGAAGUAUUAUCCUGGUUAUGCAACUACAAUCAAAGGGGACUAGUUUUUUACAUAUGGUAGUAUUGAGUUUCUUAUAAAUAAUGAAGUGAAUUGUUGUUUAAUGACAGUGUGAAUUUAUUAAUGUCAUUCAAGAAUAUGGUUAGGUAGCAUAUUUCUGAAAUUAAGACUAGAAUUCAUCUGAUAAUAGUAGUAGAUAUAAUGUUCAGAAUGUACUGUGCAUACUGUAUUGUUUAAUUUGUUAACUCCUUUAUGGAGCACCAGUUGAAUGCCAUGCAAAGAAAAUGACACAGUGAUUUGAACCCUAUUUUCCAAUCCCAGCUACUUAUAAUUUUUAUUUCAUUAACCUUAUGUUCUCCCUCUCCUGUUUCGUGUGUGUACUGUGUUUUUCAGGAACCACCAGGGGAUAUCAAGUGCUUGAAAUGCGCCUUGUUUUUCAGGAUUUUGGGGGUUCUUAAAAGGUACAAAGUUAAAAAAAAGAUAACAACUUUGAGAAAGGCAGAGAAAAAAGAUUAAUAAAAAACAAAACAAAAGAAAUGUAAAAAGAUGAUGUAAUUUAAUUUUGAUGUAAAGAGUAUCUCAAUAAAGAUAUGCCUUAGGAACUAAGAA